ACGUUACAACAACUACUCCUCAAAAUGUAAACUUUUUCCAGCUGUGUAUUCAACACAUUCCCGGAUUUAUUUCAAAUGUAACCGACUGGUCUCGAUUCCAAUAAAUCGUUGUACAACACAGUUUAGCAAUGUCUUCGAUACGUAUUCAAAAACUUUGUUUUCGCUUUGGUCGACGUAAUUUGGCAGGACCAAAGGGAUAUUAUACAGUUCAAGAUGGAUGUAGAGCUAUUUCCUCAAGGUUCAACAAAAAUAUUAGGGUCCAUCAUUUUUCAACAAGUACAAUAUUAGGUCGGCGGAAGACAUACACAUACUUUGGAAGUUCAGGAAGUGGCAGUAAAAAGGGAGGGUCAGGUUCAAAGGGACACACCCAAUGUCCUCACUGUGGAUACACUAUGUUCCAUAAAGAUACAACUUUGGUAACUAGCGUGAAGUGUGAAAAUUGUCAUGAAGUUUUAUUUUCCUCCUCAAAGAAGGAUGUUCCCAAAGAAAAGUUAAUUGAACCAGCAGAGAUUGUGAACAAGUUAAAUCAAUAUAUAGUUGGACAAGAUUAUGCAAAGAAAGUGUUAGCAGUGGCUGUUUACAAUCAUUACAAAAGAAUAAAUCAACACAAGGCCAAAUUACAGAAGCAGAAGUGGGCAGAGGAGAGGGAAAGGCAAGAUGUGAUUGUGUUUGAAAAACAGAGAAAGGGUCAUCCUGGUGGUCUCAACCUUGAUAUCCGAGCCACUCUGAAUAAUGAAGGUCAGAGGUCAAGGCCAGAGACGGUCCCAGUAUCCCCAGUAGUCAAACAGAAGGAGAGCUCCGAUAGCUCUGAUAUACAGAUCGACAAAACUAAUAUUCUCAUGUUAGGGCCAACAGGAACAGGCAAAACCUACAUUGCGCAGGUUCUGUCAGAAAUCCUGAACGUGCCGAUAGUGAUCUGUGAUUGUACAAGCCUGACACAGGCGGGGUAUGUGGGGGAGGAUGUUGAGAAUGUGGUGGGACGCCUUCUACAGAAUGCCAAAUUCAAUGUGGAUAAAUGUCAGCAAGGGAUUGUGUUUUUGGAUGAAGUGGAUAAGAUCAGCUCCAAGAAAGGGGGUCAGUUUCAACGUGAUGUUGGCGGGGAGGGGGUGCAACAGAGCCUCCUGAAAAUGAUGGAGGGAGCAGUCAUUAAGGUCCCUGACCUGAGUGGCAGUGGAAAGAAGACCAUUGAUGUAGACACCACCAACAUCCUCUUCAUCUUCUCCGGAGCCUUCAGCGGCCUCACUAACAUCAUUCAGAGGAGGACCAAUAUCAAGCCAUUUGGAUUCACCUCAGAGACACCUGAAGACAAGGAGGGUGCCAAUGCCACAGACACCAUCCACCAAUCAGAUACAACAGAUCAUGAAAAGGACGAGAUCCUGCGUGCGGUAGAGGUUGAUGACCUAGUUAACUUUGGGAUGAUCCCAGAAUUCAUCGGCAGAAUCCCUGUCUUUGCUGUUUUUGAGAACAUGACCACAGAGAUGUUGAUAAAGAUCCUCAAAGAACCCAGAAAUGCUUUAAUUCCACAAUACGAGACUCUGCUAGAAAUGGAUGGGGCAAAACUGAAGUUUGAAGAAGAAGCUUUGGUGGCUGUCGCAGAGAAAGCUAAAGAAUCAGGCACAGGUGCACGUGCACUGAGAAGCAGACUGGAAAAUAUUCUACUUGAGCCAAUGUAUGAAGCACCUAAUUCUGACAUUGAGGAAAUAAUUAUAACAAAAGAUACAGUAGAAAAUAAAACACCUCCAGUGUAUGUGCAACGAUCUAAGGACUUGGUAGUAUCCACUGACAAAUUUGUAAUCAAACAGACAGAGCCUCCUUCUAUGAAAGUGAUGAAUCCACCACAGUCUUAGGCUUAGGACUCAUAAACUUAAUUUUAGUACAUGGUAUGCUUAUUGUAUUAUUUCAACAAUAUGACUUAUUUAAACUUAUUAAAGUUUGAGAAUGUA